UUGACUUAUCUUAAUAUUUCAUAAGUUUACUUUUAAUAAAAAAAAGAUAAUGAUAGUUUUAUUAUUAAAGUUAAAUUGUGGUUAACUAUAUAAUGAUAAAUCUAAUUAUUAAUUAGAAAUAUAUCUACUUAGACGUUUCAUAACAUGAUUACAUAUGCAACUCUCUAAACUUAAUAUCAAAGCAUAUUUUUCUUAUAGAUUAAACAAUAAUUAAACAUACACGGGAAAUAACUACAGAACUAAUUCAGUAUACUUAAUUCAUAAUUCCAAACUCCAUGUAACAAAACCGACUUGCUCAUAGUCUUUCAAACUCAAAGAAAAAAAUAGAAUUUCAAUUAAAAAACAAAUAUUAAAAGUACAUAAAUAUAUAUGUCAAAACUAUAAUCGGGACAAUUUAAAAUGAAUGAGAAAAAUGAAAUUAUAGAAUUUUAAAACAUCUUACAUCAUAUGAAAAUAAGAAUUGGUCCUAACUUGUGUAAAAUAAUUAUAAUUGUAAUUCGAGUUUGAAAAUUUGAAAUAGUUUUAUAUUAGUUAAAUUAAUAAAUUAAUGAUUUAUGCUAAAAAAACUAAUAAGAAUCUCGUGAAAGUUAAAAUAAUUAUAAUCAUAUUCCAAUUAGAAAUUUCGAGAUAUUUAUAAUAUUAAAAUUAAUGAAUUAAUUAGAAAGUUUGAAAUAUUUAUAUUAUCUAAAUUAAGAAACUGAUUAUUUAAUCUAAAAACUAAUAAAAAUACGACAAAUAAGUAACAAUUAGCUAAAAUCAUGGAGAAUGUGACAAAUCAGCAAAAUCACUUCAUAAAUAAUAGUAUAAAUCUCAACCGUUAAACUUAUCUCGCCUCCCAUUCUCAUCUUUUUGUUGAAUGAAAAUAUAUUUUAAAAGAAACAGAUAAUUUUCUUAAGUUUUUUUUAUCAACAAAUUAUUUAUUUCCUUUUUAAAAAUAUGCCUAAAUAAAUUGAUGAGAAGAAUUCACUGUUUCACAAAGAAUCAUUCCUUACUUUAUUCAGCAUAUUUCUUUUGAAAUUAGUCUCCCAUAAAUCUUUUGGCCAAAAAAAGUCUCCCAUAAAUCUACAUUUUAAGAUAGAUAUCUUUUCUCCAAAAGAAAGAUAUAAUUUAGAUUUGAAAUUUUCACAAAAUAUGCAUUUCCCUAAAAUACCUUUAACAAUUAUCAUACGACUAAGAUACAAUAAAAGCACAACGAAAAACAUUUUUAGUUUACCCUUGUUUUGGUGUUCAAACAAAAAAAAAACAAAAGUUCACCCUAGUUUGUAUCGUUUCUCCUAUACUUUCUGCCUGGAGAGAUAUUAGGUCAGAAAUCACUACUAGAAGAAGAUGGUGAUGAUAACCGACCUUCCAUUUGAUCUGGAAAAGAAGAUACUCGCCCUUGUUCCGAAAGAGUCUCGACCACAAUGGCAAACUACCUGCAAGAGAUGGUACGCCCUACGCCAAGAUCUACUCGCCAAGAAACACUUGGCUCAAACAGGAAGAGAGUUCAUCUUUUUGUUGAAUAAUAGUGUUUUUUCAACAACCAUCAACCUCCAGGGAGUCCAUAACAACGUUGAUCCGGCCAUGGAGUUCGGAGGUAAACUUGGAUCUUUACAAGAUUCAAAUGAUUUACAAAUAGAUAGUAUUUUCUACUGCAAGGGGUUGGUGCUAUGCACUAUGGUGGGAAAACAAAGGCUCCUGGUUUGCAACCCUAGUAACCGUGAAACUAGGUAUGUCAAACCUAGAAGUCAUGGCUGUUCCGAAUAUGCUCUUGGAUACAAAGGCAGCAAGUCUUCUUGUGUUAAUAGCUACAAGAUCUUGAGGUAUUGUCGUUAUUUGGACACGCAAAUGAGGCGUACGGUUUCCGAGUUUGAACUGUAUGACUUUAUGUCUGACUCAUGGAGGGUGUUAGAUGUGGAUGAGCAUGAUGCGUACAUAUCAGCUCGCGGCGUGUCUGUGAAGGGAAACACUUACUGGGUUGCUAAAAGAUAUGGCAACCAGUUCAUACUCAGUUUUGAUUUCACAAGAGAGAAAUUUGGGUUUCUCCCUCUUCCGUAUGAGAGUGCUGGUCCUGGUGUUUCAGUGGAUUAUGGGCAUAAAGAUACCGCUGUUCUGUCAGUUGUUAGAGACGAACAACUCUCGGUGUUACAUCAGUAUCUUCAUUUGUUUUCAUUUGAGAUGAAGAUAUGGGUGAGCAACAUGAUUGGCACCAAAAAGGUGUCGUGGGGCAAGUUCUUGGUAGUGGACGUAGUGUUGUUAAAUGUUGUCAGUUUCGUGGUUGACGAGGAGCAUAAAGUGGCAGUGUGUUGUUGUACAGACAAGGAUGAUGGUGACGAAGAGGGUACCAGCAUUUUCGUUAUUGGAGAGAAUAUACAGAGACAUGUUUAUGAUGAAGAAGUGACAAUAGAUGCAUCAUGGCCACAUCUCAUAAAUUACGUUCCAAGCCCGGUUCACGUUGUGAGGAAGAGUACACGCAAAAGCAAAAGGAAACGAAAUGCAAGGAGGCAUCAACCGGAGGAGGGCACAUCUGCAAGAAGCGUUGAGGAAACAAAAGUGACACCCAAAGCAAAACCUAAAGCAUAUCGAAGUUUCUAGGGUUGCUUUGAAUGUCCCAAAAUGGUUUAGGAAAUGAAAGUGACACCAUACCUAAAAAGCACAUCGAAGUUCUCUUGCUGUUGCUUUGAAUGUCGCAAUGAUUUCUAUCUUUUCUUUUUUUUUUGGACAAUCCCAAAGGUUGUAAUAAAUUGAACGCAUAUUGAAGUUUAUUA